ACUAGUACUGGCAUUGACAUUGUGGCCGAGCAUUCGCUCAAUCAUCAUGUUCUUGUGGUUGUUAACUGUUGUUCUAGUGUUGUGGGUAGCAUUGUUCAGAUACAAAAGAAGACGUAUAUAUGAAUUAGCUGCCAAGAUUCCGGGCCCCGAUAAGGAGCUGCCUGUAAUUGGGAUAGCACAUAUGUUAGCCGGGGAUGCAGAUGACGUUAUGAAUACUUUACAAGAAUUAAGUUAUUCGGCAAUGAAGCAUGAUGGAAUACUACGCUGCUGGGUUGGACAUAUUUUAUACUUUGUUGUUUUAGACCCAGUCGAUUUGGAAGUUCUGCUGAAGUCUUGCUUAGAAAAGGACGAUCUUCAUCGUUUUGUAAGAAAAGUUAUUGGAUAUGGUGGAAUAUUUGCACCAGUAUCAAUAUGGAGAAGGCGCCGUAAGAUUUUAGUGCCGGCCUUCAGUCCGAAAAUUGUAGAGAAUUUUGUUGAGAUAUUUUCUCAACAAAGCGAGAAGUUGGCAUCGAAGCUUACUAAUUAUGCCAACAAAGGUCCUGUCAAGUUGUGGAAUUUCGUAAGCACAUAUACAUUGGACUCUGUGGGUGAGACUGCAAUGGGCGUUAAAAUCAACGCUCAAGAUAAUAAUGACACACCGUUCUUACAAUCAAUGCAAAUUAUUUUACAUUUAGUAUGCGAAAGAAUAUUUCACUUGUGGUUGCAACCAGAUUGGCUUUAUAAAUUAUUUCCACGAUCCGUGGCACAUGAAAAGAAUUUAAAGGUUAUGCAUGAUUUCACCAACGAGGUAAUAUCAAAGAAGCGAGAGGAACUAAAACUAGAAAACAACCGCAAGUCAGAAGUUGAUCACGAUUUCGACAUAGGUAGUUAUCAAAAGCAGACUUUCCUCGACCUGUUAGUCCGUUUGUCCGGCGGCGAGCACGGCUACAACAACGUGGAGCUGCGUGAGGAGAUACUUACAUUGUUGGUGGCGGGCACAGACACCUCCGCCGUGGGGCUCGGCUAUACAGUCAAACUGCUAGCGAUGUAUCCAAAAGUGCAGGACAAAGUAUACGAAGAAUUGCAGGAAGUAUUUGGCGAUUCUGACCGACCAUUGCUUAAGGAAGAUCUGAUGAAAUUGAAAUACUUGGAAAGAGUUGUGAAGGAAUCACUACGAUUAUUCCCGCCAGUGCCGUUCAUAAUCAGAAAAGUUCUAGAGGAUGUUACUUUACCUUCAGGUAGAGUGCUUCCUGCCGGGUCAGGCGCAGCGGUCAGUAUCUGGGGCUUGCAUCGCGAUCCCAAGUACUGGGGCCCGGACGCCGAGGUCUUUGACCCCGACAGGUUCCUGCCGGAGAGGUUCAACCUCAAGCACGCCUGCUCCUACAUGCCUUUCAGUAGUGGACCUCGCAAUUGUCUCGGUUACCAAUAUGCUUUAAUGUCAAUGAAGACAGCGCUGUCGGCGAUAGUGAGACGCUACAAGAUUGUCGGGGAACAGGAGUCCGGCCCUGUUCCACAUAUAAAGUCCAAAAUCAACAUUAUGAUGAAAGCUGUAGAUGAUUAUAAGAUUAGUUUAGAAAAAAGAGUUACUGAAUGAUUAUAUGAACAAUUAAACAAUUACACAAUAUUUGGAGUGACGGCGUAAUAUUUUAAUUGAAAUCUUUUAAUCUUUUAAUGAAUUUCAUUUAAUAG